AUGGAUGACACGCUUCAACAGUUCAUACAGAUGUCUGAGUCUCAUCGUAAGAACACUAAAGCAGCAUGCAGAAGGAUGGAGGCGCAUUGUAGGUUCAUAAUUCAGAAGCUUGAUGAUUUUGGGGGCAAUAUGGAAGUACCUGAUUAUGUUAACUUCCUCAAGAAAUUCAACAAAAAGAGAAAAAGUCCAGAGGAAGAAACAGUUGAGGUACAAAGCAAUUGCAGUGUGAUCUUGCAGAAGGCACUUCCUCCAAAAGCUAAUGAUCCGAAAAGUUUCAAUAUCCCAUGCACUAUUGGGAGUCAUGAAAGAGGGAAAGCCUUAAUUGAUUUAGGGUCUAGUAUUAACUUGAUGCCCUUAUCUGUACUUGAAAAUAUUACUGGUCUUGAAGUCAAGCCUACAAAGAGGAACCUGCUAAAGAUAAGUUGGUGUGGAGACAGAAAGGAGAACACCAAGAUUAAAGUUGGAAUUGGGUGA